UAAUUAGUCGCAUUUUUUUUUUGAAAUUAUAAUGUCAAUUAGAGAAUUACCAAAUGUUGAAGUUGUAAGCAUUGAACAGCCAAGUAGAAAAAAACAUGAAGGGCAAUGGGAACCAGAAGAAGAAGGCAUUGGUUUUGGAGGUGGAUUAUUAUUUGCUCUAUUAGUCAUCUUAUUCAUUUGUACCUUUCCAAUAACAAUAUUUUUCGCAAUACGUACUGUUAAAACCUAUGAACGAGCUGUUAUCUUACGUUUUGGCAAGUUAAAACGUUCUGGUGGAAAAUAUGUUUUAGGCGCUGGGCUACAAUUUGUAAUGCCUUGCGCUGAUCAAAUGAUCUCGAUAGAUUUACGUACACAAACAGUGAAUAUCCCACCACAAGAAAUACUAACAAGUGAUGCAGUCACUGUCACUGUUGAUGCUAUUGUAUUUAUGCGAGUUAUUGAACCAGCUGCUGCUCUGUUACGUGUUGAAAAUGCAAGGAGAUCAGCGGAGCUAUUAGCUGUCAGUUCGUUACGUUCAGUAUUGGGAACUUAUGAAUUAUCUGAAUUGCUAACAAAUCGUGAUCAAAUUGAUGAAAAAUUGGCCAAUCUACUAGAUGAAGCUACAGUUGACUGGGGAAUUAAAGUGGAACGUGUUGAAAUCAAAGAUGUUUCAUUACCACAAGAUAUGCAACGUGCAAUGGCUGCUGAAGCUCAAGCAGUUAGAGCAGCUAAAGCUAAGGUGAUAGCAGCUCAAGGUGAAUUGGAUGCAUCAACAACAUUAAGAAAAGCUGCUGAAGAAAUGACCUUAUCCCCUGCAGCUAUACAAUUACGUUAUUUACAAACCCUGGCGACAAUUGCUACAGAACAAAACUCUACAAUUAUAUUCCCUUUACCAAUGGAAUUAUUUCAAAGUGUGUUGUCAAAGAAACGCGCUUAACUGGUCUCUCUGUGUAUGUGUGUGUUUGCUUUAGUUUUAUGCCUGCC